UGCUUGUCCCAGAACUUGUCAAUUCUUACUUUUAAUGAAAGCCGGAACUUUACAAUCAACAUCACACUUAUUUAUUUUUAAACAUGAAACAAUAGCCUACGGACUUUUUUCUUUCUGUCCUAGCGCAAAGACAACCCUUUUGGGGAGGUCUCUUGAACAGGAAAUAGGAAGUCUGUUGGACUUCACAUAAUGACGUUUUUGUAAACAUUGUGAACGAAGACAAGAAUCCACCGCCGUGCCUAGUAUUAUGGCAAGCAGACUACCCCUGUCAGAAGAGGACCUCUCCUGUCCAAUCUGCUGUGACAUAUUCAGAGACCCCGUUGUGUUAAAAUGCAGCCAUAGUUUCUGCUCCACUUGCUUGCAGCAGUACUGGGGUCAAAAGCACGCAGCAAGAAGCUGCCCUCUCUGUCGAACGGAGUCCCUGGAUGAACCAGUGGCCAGUCUCACCUUGAAAAACCUGUGCGAUUCGUUGAUUGAAGAAGGUAUCUCCAUGCCCCCAGAUACUCGCGAGGAAUGUGAGCCAGGGAACCUAUGCCGAUAUCACGGAGAACGACUGAAACUCUUCUGCUUGCUCGACCGAGAGCCAAUCUGUGUUAUUUGUCACACUUCAAGAAAACACAAAAAUCACGAGUGUUGCCCCGUUGAAGAGGCCGUUGUUGACGUAAAGGAAGAGAUGAGGUCUGCUCUGAACGCACUACAAGAGAAGUUGGAGGUGUUUGACAAAAUGAAACGAAGCUUUGAAAGCACAGCCGAACACAUAAAGGCCCAGGCCCAGCAAACAGCCACGAGCAUCCAGGAGGAGUUCGAGAAGCUGCAUCACUUUCUGCGCGUGGAGGAGGCGGCGCGCCUUGCAGCGCUAAAGAGAGAAGAGGAGAGAAAGAGCCAACAGAUGAGCGAGAAGGUGGCUGAGGUAGCCAGCAACAUGGCCGCUCUCUCGGAAACCAUUAAGGCCAUGGAAGAGGAGAUGGAGAUGGAAAACUUAACAAUCCUUCAUAAAUGCAAGAAAACAUUAUUGAGGGCCCAGUGCACUUUUCCAGAGUCAACCAUGAACCCAGGGGCACUCAUCAAUGUGGCCCGCUAUCUUGGCUCCCUCAAGUUCAGGGUCUGGGAGAAGAUGCUUGGUGUGGUCAAAUACACUCCAGUCACCCUGGACCCCAACACAGCUGCCCCCUGGCUCAUCCUCUCCGACAGCCUGACCAGCGUCAGGGACGGCGAAGCCCGGCAGCCGCUGCCUGAUAACCCUGAGCGCUUCUGCCCAGACACGGCCGUGCUGGGGUCCGAGGGCUUCAGCUCGGGCCGCCAUUCCUGGGACGUGGAAGUGGGCGAGAACACCGCCUGGGUCUUGGGCGUCGCCAAGGAGUGGGUGCAGCGCAAGGAGAAGGUGUCGUCUGUGCUGAAGAAUGGCUACCUGUCGGUGUACUACUACCACAAAAUGUACUUUGCCGGCACGUCCCCCCUGACCCGUCUGAACCUGAAGAAGAGGCCCCAGCGGGUGCGCGUGGUGCUGGACUACGAUAGGGGCCGCGUGGCUUUCUCAGACGCGGCAGAUGGGACGUCCAUCUACACCUUCAAGCACAGCUUCGCCGAGAAGGUCUACCCUUACUUCUGGGUGGGCUGUAAGUUGUGUCCACUCAAAAUAGAGCAAAGAGAGUUGUGCGUGACCUCAGUGGAUCACAUGUGAACGUGGCAUCUGAUGCCCAGAAACCAUAAGUGCGCUUACAUGUGACAGGCAUAGUGUGAGUCACAUAUGAUAUUGUGUUUUUUAAACAUUCAAUGCCUUAAGACAGACACUUUAAACAUUUAUAUAAUUUAAUCCUGUUUACAUGUUUUUACGUUAGUGUUAUUUGUUGUAUUCCGCAUUAAACAUCCUUCUAUUUUAUGGAUAAAAUUUAACUAUCAA